GGCUCCAUUAAAGGAAUUCAUUUUUUUUUUAUUAUUAUUUAUUUAAGAAAGGGACAAAAUGUUUACCCUUCGAGCUAUUCGCCCUGUUGUGGUUAAUACCACCCAGAGUAUUGGUUAUCAAAAUCGUAAUUAUGCUACUCUAAAAGAAAUUCAAUUACGGUUAAAAUCGAUUAACAGUAUUGCAAAGAUUACAAAAUCUAUGAAGAUGAUUGCAUCGACAAAAAUGACUCGAGCUCAAAAGGCAAUGGAAAUUGCAAGAGUAUUUGGCACUACUCAAACUGGACUUUUCACUUAUGCCGAUACGAAACCAACAGAAGGAGGAAAUACUUUAGUUAUUACAGUUUCAUCAGAUAGAGGACUUUGUGGUGGCAUUCAUAGUAGCGUAUCAAAACGAUCAAAAAAAUUUAUUGAAGAGAAUCCAAGUUCUCAGAUAAUUGUUUUAGGUGAUAAGGCAAAAGGUCAACUUCAACGUACUGUACGCGAAAAUAUUAAACUUUCUUUUAAUCAAAUUGGGAGAUCUAUUCCAACUUAUAAUGAAGCAAGUUCCAUUGCUGAUACUAUUUUGAAAGAAAAAAUUGAUUUUGAUCAAGCUGCUAUUAUAUAUAAUUAUUUUAUUUCCGUUAUAUCUUAUGAAGCGAAAAUUAUUCCUGCUUUUUCUGUAUCAACAUUUGCGAAAUCUGGCAAUUUUGAUUCUUAUGAAGUCGAAGAUGAUGUUUUAGAACAUUUACAAGAAUUUGCUUUUGCAAACUCAAUUUAUUGGGGUCUUGUUGAGGGUCAUGCUGCUGAAAUGGCUUCAAAACGAAGUGCUAUGGAAAAUGCUACCAAGAACGCUGGUGAAAUCAUUGAAAAACUUACAAUGACUUAUAAUCGUGGUCGUCAAGCUGCUAUUACUAAUGAAUUAGUCGAUAUCAUAACUGGAGCGUCUGCUCUUUGAUGAAUCUAUGGAUUAAUUAUAUAUUAGAGAUUUUGUAAUACAAUAAAUUCUUUGUUUUUUUUAAAAAAAAAUACAAUUGGAGUUGUAUUAGUUGUAUUCUAAUUGUAAUGAAAUUAUUUACGCCAUCAUAAUUAUUAUUAAAUUUUAAAG